AUGAAGUGGCUGCUGGUGGCCUUGGUCUGCCUCCAUCUCUUGGAGGCAGCAGUGAUCAAAGUGCCGCUGAGGAAGUUCAAGUCCAUCCGUGAGACCCUGAAGGAGAAAGGCUUACUGAAGGAGUUCUUGAAGACCCACAAGUAUGACCCGGCUCUCAAGUACCGCUUCGGCGACUUCAGCGUGACCUACGAGCCCAUGGACUACCUCGACGCUGCCUACUUUGGCGAGAUCAGCAUCGGAACUCCACCCCAGAACUUCCUGGUCCUUUUUGACACCGGCUCCUCCAACCUGUGGGUGCCCUCUGUCUACUGCCAGAGCGAGGCCUGCACCACCCACAGCCGCUUCAACCCCAGCAAGUCCUCCACCUACUACACCUACGACCAGACCUUUUCCCUGGAGUACGGCAGCGGCAGCCUCACCGGCUUCUUCGGCUACGACACCUUCACUAUCCAGGACAUCGAGGUCCCCAACCAGGAGUUCGGUCUGAGUGAGACGGAGCCCGGCACCAACUUCCUGUACGCGGAGUUUGACGGCAUCCUGGGCCUGGCCUACCCCUCUCUGUCCGUGGGGGACGCCACCCCAGCUUUGCAGGGCAUGCUGCAGGACGGCGCCAUCAGCAGCAGCGUCUUCAGCUUCUACCUCAGCAGCCAGCAGGGCACUGACGGGGGCGCGCUGGUGCUCGGGGGUGUGGACAGCAGCCUGUACACAGGGGACAUCUACUGGGCCCCUGUCACCCGGGAGCUCUACUGGCAGAUUGGCAUUGACGAGUUCCUCAUCAGUAGCGAGGCCUCCGGCUGGUGUUCCCAGGGCUGCCAGGCCAUCGUGGACACGGGCACUUCUCUGCUCACCGUGCCUCAGGAGUACAUGAGUGACCUGCUGGAGGCCACAGGGGCCCAGGAGAACGAGUAUGGAGAGUUUCUCGUGGACUGUGACAGCAUAGAGAGCCUGCCCACCUUCACCUUCAUCAUCAACGGCGUGGAGUUCCCUCUGCCCCCCUCCGCCUACAUUCUCAACACUGACGGCCAAUGCAUGGUGGGAGUCGAGGCCACCUACGUGUCCUCCCAGGAUGGCGAGCCCCUUUGGAUCCUCGGGGAUGUCUUCCUCCGGGCCUACUACUCCGUCUUCGACAUGGCCAACAACAGGGUGGGCUUUGCCGCUCUUGCCUAG